AAACAAAAAAAAAACCCCUGUUGAUGUCCAAACACGAGGGGACCUAACUUUAACUCCUGUGUGACUUUUUAAUAAAAAUCAAAUUAAGUAAAGGAAUGGCGACUUGUCCUCUAUUAGCCUUCCUGAUUCCAGCCGUUGUGGGUCUGCAGGGUGACCCUCAGCCCACCAGGCUGAGACAGAGCAGCGUUUGUCUGACAAACCGUGACAUCCAAACAGCCAAAUUAAAGUCACAAGUGUGCACAAUGGGGAGAGCUUUCUUCUGUAACUUUCUUCCCCUCUCUGCCGAUGUGUAUUUCCAGUCAAAGGCUGCUGACCUGAGGAGAGCUGCAGGGAGGUCUGCUCUGUGGUGCCAUGGAGAGCUUGCACGCUGUGAUGCUGCUCUGCACGCUCACUUCAGCACUGGAGAAAAAUGGACUUCCUGGACCUGUUGUGUUUACUGAUGACGGCUACGUCAGAGGGAUCACUGUGGAGAAAGUGUAUAUAUUCUACGGUAUUCCAUAUGCAGAACCCCCUGUGGGGGAUUAUCGCUGGAAGCCUCCCAGGCCUGUGAGGUCAUGGCGGGGGGUUUAUGAUGCGUCUUUUCCCCGGGCAGCAUGCAUGCAGGGCUGCAGCGUCCCUGCAGAGUGCCCUCAGAAGAUAAGUGAGGACUGUCUCUACCUGAACAUCUUUGUACCUCUGGAUGUAAACUUUAGCGCACUCCUGCGGAGUCGGAUACCUGUCCUGGUGUGGAUCCAUGGUGGAGACUUCAUCGCUGGCUCCGCCUCCAAGCCACUUUAUGACGGGCGCUUCAUCAGUAACUCCUCCCACACCAUUGUUGUGAGCAUGGAGUACCGACUGGGUGCGUUUGGGUUCCUUGUGGCAGAUAAAGAUCCUCACACCUCAGCUGUAGGGAAUUAUGGGAUACUGGACCAGCAGGCAGCCCUCCUUUGGGUCCAAAAGAACAUCGCCAUGUUUGGAGGGGAUCCCAGCAAGGUGACGAUAUUUGGGGAGAGUGCAGGCGCCCAAUCAGUAGGUCUUCACCUGAUGAUCCAGAGCAGUAAGCCUCUGUUUAAACAGGCCGUUGUGCAGAGUCUUCCCUUUUCCAUCCCUCUGAAAAACAGGUAUGAUGCCCGAAAGCUGGGGAAGGACUUUGCCAAACAGACCAACUGUUCUGUGAGCGACAUGGCCUGCCUGCUGUCUCUGAGUCCACAGGCUGUUCUCAACGCCCAGAUUAAAACAAGUUCCAAGAUUGUGAACCCGUUCAGGUUCCUGGAGGUUUUUGAGACUUGGGGCCCCCAUAUUGAUGGAGCGUUAAUAAAAGAACAGACAUUCACAGCCUUCCUGAAGGGCCACUGGCAGAAAGAGAAACCACUUCUGAUGGGUACAACCUCAGAAGAGGGGGUGAUCUUUGCAUAUAGCGUCUUCAGAAAUCCUGUGUCAGCGUUGGAGAGUGUUGUGUUCAUCACGGUGGUCUUUCAACAGCACGCCCUGCAGAUCCUGCACCGGUACUUACCGCUGUACACGAAUGCUGACCACAGGGACAUGCUGGCUCAGAUCAUCACAGACUACGUCUUCCUGUGCCCCUGUCGGAGGUCAGCUCUCGCCAGCACUGCAGCAGGAAGUGACCUUUGGCUCUACGUGUUUGACCACGUGGCAUCAGACCACCGGGUUUGGUCCGGCGUGUCCUCCUGCUACCAGCACGUCUGCCACGGCGCCGAGUUGCCUUUUCUCUUCGGCUCAGCCUCAGUGGCUAACUUCAGCAUGACACUGCCAGAGAAACUGCUGUCCAGUCAGAUGCUGUGUUACUGGGGAGCGUUCGCUCACGCCGGUGACCCGUCCUCACAUGUGCAGCACAUGACCUUCUGCCAGCAGCAGCCUCUGCCCGUUUGGCCGCGUUAUUCAGAUCCCAACGGCUGGUUGGUCAUGAAUCUAACCGUGCAGUCACAUGCACAAGAAGGAACCAGAAACCAUAUAUGUGACUUCUGGGACCAACUGGGCGUCUACUAAUAAGACGACGGGUGGCAGCUUUUCCAGGUGCUCAAAAAAUAUCAAUACCAGCAUGUAACAUUGCCGCAACGUUUGCAUUUCUGAAAAACUUGCAUGUAUUUGUAUUUAUAUUUAUAUUUGCAAACUGUUUAUCUUUUUUCACUUUUGCUACUCUGUGUGUUGCUUACCCUGUGUGCUGCUAUACAAUGCUGCUAGAACCUCAAUUUCCCAGAGGGAGCCUUCCCAACGGAUCAAUAAAGUUCUGUCUAAUCUAAUCUAAUCUAAUCUAAUCUAAUCUAAUCUAAUCUAAUCUAAUCUAAUCUAAUCUAACAUACAUACAACAAAGUUGUUCAGUUUAAAUUUUUAUUGUGUACCAGGAUGGCAGUGUCAUAUGGUGAAGAUCUCAGAACAUAGGAGUUGAGAUUCUUUGUGGAGUCCAAUAACAUGGUGGAUUCCUCGAAAUUUUUUAUCGUACUUAAUACAAACAGCUAAAUUAUUGCAUAUCUGGCAAUAUUGACAUUUAGUUUUUUCUUAAUUAAUUCUUAAUUAGAAUUUUGAUGGUGUUGUUAGUCUUUGUGAAAAUGAACUAAUUUGCUAAUUUUGCAUGCUCAGGUUGCUGUACUCAUUACAAAAUAUGUACGAGUAUUUAUCAUUAUUAAAGCUGCAUUACAGUC